AUGACGAAACUGGACAAUGCGAUAUCCCAGAAAUCUGUAUUCGACUAUGCAAAGAGAUAUCCACCAUUAGGCCUACUGCCUGCAGCGCUCACCGUCAAGGUAAAUGCAGUAUACCGCGUCCUGUGCAACUAUGCGCCCGCCCAAGGACUCGUUCACAAUGCGCGCGUCAUUGUCCGGUCAAUGGCAGGGGAUCACGUCACAGUGGGUGUUCUGCAGGGCCUAGGGGGCACUAGCAUGGUUAAAGCGGAACACAUCCAGCUCCCACGAAUUGAACUCUGUUACGAACUCCCCACGGGCCACACGUUGGUCCGACAACAGUUCCCCUUGGCGCCCGCAUAUGCAACGACGUUCAAUAGUUGUCAGGGUUUGACGCUGGACCGCAUUGGCGUUGACCUCACGAGGGAUGUUUUCUGUCAUGGUCAACUGUACACUAUGCUGUCGCGAAUCAGGCAUCGGAGCCAUGCGAUGAUUCGGAUGAUGAAGAAUGAGACUGCCACGAGAAACAUUACGUACAGCGAGCUGCUGGCCUAG